AUAAAUUAAACAUGAAAGUUUAUAAAAAGUUCACCAGAAGUCAAAAUUGAUAACUUUCAUUUUCGAUCAUUUUGAUUAUCAUCAGUUCCUCACAUCCUCCUCUCUCAAGAUGGUUAAUAAUUCCUACGGUGUUUUGGUGAAAUUUUUAAUAGUGAUCACUGCUGUAAUCUACGCAGUAUUAGAUCCCUGUUGUUGUAGUCUUGAUUAUAUUCCUCCUAUUGGUGUUCAUGCUUCUGAUGGUUACGACUCGGAUGAUGGAAAUCAUAUUAAGGAGGAUUCACGUGAGUUCUUAAUCAAUAAGAGAACUCCUGGUGAUGUCUUAAAAAAGAAAAAGGAUGCCCUUACAAAAGGAAUUUCACAGGAAGAAUUUGAUUGGUGGACAGAUUCAUUUAUCAAACCGUUCAAUCCUGAAACGAGGGAAGAAAGAAGCGCUGAAAAUGUCAAAGAAACUCCCUCCGCGUGGACCGCCUCACCAAGAAUUAGCGAGUGGAAAGCACUUUCAGACGAGGAAAAAAGGGGAAAAAGAAAAGUGGUUAGCCUGUCAUCGAAAAUGCCUGGUCCUUUAAGUCGAGAGCAAGGAUGCAGUGACAACUUUAAGUAUGAUGGCACUCGCAAACUGUUGCCAAUCAACCUCGAAAAACAAAGGGACCAAAUCCCUUGUGUCGAGGAAAAUACUGAAAUCUGGGCCAACAUUAUUUACCUCGACAGAGAUUAUUCUGAAGAGUCUGAACCCCACAUCCCGAUUCAGCAAGAAACUACUAGUUCACCAACCGGGUCUCUUUCUGCAGAUUUGAAUCUUGGGAGGAACUCUCAACCUGAAGGUCAGAACACCACGAAAAUCAGCGAUCCUAAGAAGCGUAGAUGGUUUAAUCUGUUCCCAUGGUGGCAGAAAAAAUGAGUUGUUCAGUGGACAUAAUUUGGACCAUUUGA